CUCUCUUUGCUCUCUUCCCUUUUACUUUGAGAGUAGGAGACUAGCACUGUUCUCUUGUAUUCUGCUGCUUGAGCGCGGCCCUACUUUGACUACUUGCUGUCCUUGCCGUCGACCUCACGCAAUUAGAGCAGCGCGGACUACUAGAGCACACCAGCGCCGUUGAUCACGGAUCUCGACAACGUUGCGUUCAGUCAAUACCCCCGCCCAGGUGGACUAGAGCAAGAUGGCACUCGAGAACAGCAUCUGGAACCUUACGGUCUCCGCCAUCUCCCCUAUGUUCGCAUACGACUUCUUCACGGGCGAUAGUAGCACGGGUUGGGCGACGACCUGCACUGAAGGGGAUGCGUAUGCAUGCGAUGGGCAUACAGCCCACGUUACGGGCGCAGCGGGGAGCAUCAGCGUGACGUUCAACGGGAACGGAAUCGCCUUCUACGGGAACGUAACGAACUCCAUGACCGUCACGCUAUCCAUCGACGGUGGGGGCAACGUAACCGAAGCCUUCGACAGCGUCAACCAAGUACUCGGGUCGGCACAGGGCCUCUCCUCCGGAGCGCAUACAGCCCUGCUCAGCGUUUCCCCCUCCUCCCCCGCGGCACUACUCUUCUUCAACCAAGCCGUCAUCUCCUACGACACGGGGCUAGCCAACGCCCAGCCCGAUAUCACCUACGUCGAUGACCUGAACCCAUCGAUCUCGUACGGCGCAUACUGGUUUGAUUACCCAAACUACACCAACAGCUCCCAGAGCAAUGCGACUGGGACUUUUCACGCGAGCAACGCGUACAACACUACCGCUUCGCUGAGGUUCAACGCGAGUGCUGUACUCCUCUACGGACCAUGUUACGCAGCCACAGGGCUAUUCGAAGUUGACGUAACCCCGGGACCGGGAACGACGGUUCUGAAUACGACAGCCGCUGGCCCGCAAGUCGGCGCGCACGUAUUCCAGAACUGUUUGAGGUACUUCGCCAUGGGCUUGGAUCCGACAGUGGAGAGGACGAUAUCGAUGACGAAUAUCGAGAAUGGCACGUAUGCUACCCUGGACUAUGUGGAGCUUGUCGGACUCUCCUCUGCGGGUCCUGGGGCUUCGGGCUCUGGUGCGAGUGGGACGACUGGAGGUGGUGGCUCAUCAGGAACGAACAUCGGUCCCAUCGUCGGCGGUGUAGUCGGCGGUGUAGGCGGGCUAUGUCUCAUUCUUCUCCUCUUCCUCCUCUACAGACGACACCAACAAAAGCUGUGGGCGCAGCCCGAGCCCUUCGGGCCCCGGAUGUCCCUUGACCAAGCAGACAGUGAGAUCUCCCCCGCGCUCGCAACGGGCUCAAGUAUAGUCCCUCUCGCCUCCGGGGUGGGCUCGGGGUCGGCGAGCCAAAGUCGCCCGAGACCGGAGAGCCAGGUCCUCUCUGUUGGCGGGACACCGUCGAUGUCCCAAAAACAGGCCUUGAUGGCACAUUAUGCCCUUGGUCAGCGAGCACGAGCACCGCCAAGUGACUUCAGCGCACCGAACAGCGUCGACUUGCCAAGUGCUCCCGUAUCAGGCAGUACCCCGUCUGCGCCGUCCUCUGCUGCUGGUCCGGGCGCCUCAACGACUGCGUUGGUACCCGCAGUAGGGGCAGCAGGCGUAACAGCCUCCCCUUCCCAACCCUCACCACGAACACAGCCCUCUCCUACCAACACAUCAAUUCAUUCGCCCUAUGCUGCCACAAUAGCCUCUAACGUCAACUAUCAUUUCCCCAGCCCCAGUCUGCGGCAGAUCAGCAGCGACGUGAACCGGAUUAUCGCUGAGCUUUCGAGAUUCGGGAGACCACCGGCACCGGGAGGCACGGGGGAGGAGGACUUGGAAAGCGAAUUGGAUCUGAACGAAGGGCAUCCUGGUCCUGCCCCGCCGGCAUAUGAUCAAAGUCAUGGAGGGAACCAGUUAUUCUGAACGUGUGGGAGGCGACGUUGGUUAGCUCAAGGACUCUUUGGUGCUGGGGAGGAUGUUGGUAAACUGGUGAACUCUUGUUGUAUUCAUUUAUGUUGCUUGUUGGCGUUGUACGCCCAUUGUCUCUCUUCUUCUUCUCUUUUUGGUCACACCAGUGCAUCUAAUUAUCUUGUCACUUAUCAUCAACCAACGUUCUUGCUCCAACCUUCUCUCCAGGGCACGUCGUUUCGUCUCAUCCGUUCCUAGUACAGUAUGUACACUAAUACAAACACUUCCA